AUGGUCGCCCAAGUGGUGAGACGGAUGUCCCACACGGGACACAAGGACAACGAGCAUGGCGUGCCCACCUACUGGGGCAAGUCCGGGAGCACCCUGCAGAAAUACAUCACGGCUCUGGCGACAACCGACUUCUUGUUGUUUGGUUUCGACCAAGGUGUGAUGGCCGGUAUCAUCGACUCGGACCCCUUCGUUCACGAUUUCCCCCAGGUCGACGGUGACAGCAACUGGCAAGGCUUCGUCACUGCCAUCUACGCCGUUGGCUGCUUCUUUGGUGCUUUCUUCAUCCUGAUGUUUGGCGACAAGCUCGGUCGCCGCAAGUGCAUCUUCCUCGGCGCAUCCGUCAUGAUCAUCGGUGUCAUCAUCCAGAUUGCCUCUGUCCCUCCAAACCACGGCGCGACGGCCCAGUUCAUAGUAGGGCGGUUCAUAACCGGAAUAGGCAACGGCAUCAACACCUCAACCGUACCGACAUACCAGGCCGAGUGCUGCCCCCCGCACAACCGUGGAAAGCUCAUCUGCAUCGAGGGUGGCAACGUCGCCGUCGGCUCCAUGAUUGCGUACUGGAUCGACUACGGCAGCACGUACGGCCCUCACGCCUUUGUGUGGCGCUUCCCCAUCGCCUUCCAGUGCGUCUUCGCCGUCGUCAUUCUCGUCAUGAUGCUCCGCCUGCCCGAAUCCCCCCGCUGGCUGCUCUCCCACGGACGGACGGACGAGGCCAUCACCGUGCUGGCGGCCCUGGCCAACGAGCCCCGCCACCACGACGAGGUCCAGGAGCAGAUGACCUUCAUCACCGAGGCCAUCAGGGCUACCGGCCAGCUGGGUGGCGUCACCCCCAUCAAGGAGGUCUUCACCAACGGCAAGACGCAGCACUUCCGCCGCAUGCUCCUCGGUGCCGGCAGUCAGUUCAUGCAGCAGCUGUCUGGUUGCAACGCCGUCAUCUACUACUUCCCUAUCCUGUUCAAGGACUCGCUCGACACCACCCACAACCUGGCCCUGCUCCUCGGCGGUGUCAACAUGAUUGUGUACGCCAUCUUCGCCAUGACCUCGUUCCUGGUCGUCGAGCGCGUGGGCCGCCGCAAGCUAUUCUUCAUCGGCACCGUCGGCCAGAUGCUUUCCAUGGUUCUUGUCUUUGCCUGCCUCAUCCCUGGCACUCCGGAUGCCGCCAUCGGUGCCGGUGUUGGUCUCUUCAUCUACAUCGCCUUCUUCGGUGCCACCUGGCUGCCUCUCCCCUGGCUGUACCCGGCUGAGAUCAACCCUCUCAAGACCCGUGCCCGCGCCAACGCCCUCUCGACCACCCAGAACUGGCUGUGGAACUUCUUCAUCGUCAUGAUCACCCCCGUGCUCAUCUCCAAGAUUGGCUGGGGCACCUACCUGUUCUUCGCCGUCCUCAACAUGCUCUUCCUCCCCAUCCUGUACUUCUUCUACCCGGAGACGUCCGGCCGCUCCCUCGAGGAGAUCGACCUCAUCUUCGCCAAGGGCUUCGACGAGCAGAUCGGCUACGUGCAGGCCGCCGAGCAGCUGCCCCACCUCACCCUGGCCGAGACGGCCGAGAUGGCCCGCGGCUACGGCUUCAACUCGUCCGACGACGAGGGCGCCAGCGGCGGCAAGGCGCGCCACUCCGAGAAGGAGGGCGACAUCCCCGAGACCCAGAACAACGGCGUGAUGGCAUAA